AUGUCUCAGCCAAAUGAACCAAUCAAAUCAGAGAGUGCAGUACAUACUUUGACAGAAGAUGAAGAUGAGGAGUAAUUUGGAUCAUAUUCUCAUUUCAGUGUUCAUGAAGAUAUGUUAAAAGAUAAAGUCCGAACAGAAAGUUAUCGUAAUUUUAUGUACCAAAAUAAAUAUCUGUUCAAAGAUAAGGUUGUCCAGGAUGUCGGUUGUGGAACUGGUAUUCUGUCAAUGUUUGCUGUAUCUGCUGUAGCUAAAUUUGUGAUAGCUGUUGACCAAUCAGAUAUUGUUUACCAAGCCAUGGAUAUUGUCAGGGAAAAUAAUCUUCAGGACAAGAUAACCAUAUUAAAAGGCAGAAUUGAGGAAGUUAAACUUCCUGUAGAAGAAGUAGACAUUAUAAUAUCAGAAUGGAUGGGAUAUUUCUUACUGUUUGGAUCCAUGUUAGAUUAUGCACUGUAUGCCAGAGACAAAUAUCUGAAAGCUGAUGGAUCAGAUAAAUGUAACAUCCAGUUGGUAGCUAUUGACAACAAAGACCUCCACUAUAAAUACAUGGCAUUCUGGGAAGAUGUGUAUGGUUUUAAAAUGAGCUAUAAGCAAUCUGAUGUUGUUAAAGAAUCCAGUGUUAAUAUUGUGAAACCAGAUAAAAUUAUUUUUAAAACAGCUAUUAUUCAGGAAUUUGACUGCUGCAUUUGUAGAAUUUGUGAUUUACAGUUCAAACAAGACUUUCAGUUGUCAUUGACAAUAAAAGAGGAAAUAUUUGCUGUCAUUGGUUAUUUCGAUAUUCACUUUAAUAAAAAUUGUGGUAAAACGUAAGUGUUGUUUUCUAUUGGACCUAGAGACACAGCAACCCGUUGGAAACAGACUGUAUUCCUGUUAGAAAAAUUUAUGCCUGUACAGAAAGGUAAGUUUAUAAGUGUGAAAUAGUGAACGGCAGUGUACUGCAGGAAGAAUAGGAAAGAUCCAAGAUCAUUACUGAUAACACUCAGUAUACACAGACUUAUCUCAUGCAAUAAAAAGAAAAUAGAUUAA